CACCGGGGGGGCCAGGCCGUGACCCUGCGCACCCACUCGCCCUUCGGCCUCCGCGACUCCCUCACGGUGCCGCUGCGGGACGUGUCGUGCCGGGCCCACCGCAGCCAGGUCCCUGCGGCGCUGCCCGUCAAGGUCCGCGGCGUCACCUUCUACUUCCUGCUGGACCGGGCCGGGCAGUUCCUGAACCCGCAGCUCUUCGACGUCACGGUGGGCGCCUACAGGAAGCUGUGACCCGCCCUCGCCCUGCCGUGGGCAUGGGGGGGGGGACGCAGGGACACCCCGUCGCCCCCCGGACUCGGAUGGAGACGGAGAGCUGGUCGCAGACGCCCCCCGAACUCCCUUCAACGGACGCGCGGAUGGGGGCAGCCGGAUGGACGCAGACCCCGCACAGACACGUGGAUGGAGACAGGCAGCCGGACACAGGCCCCUGCCCUGACCGCUCUCGCACAUGGACGGAGGCAGGCGCGUGGUUGGAGUCGCGCCUCUGCCCCCUGCCUCUGGGAAGCAGGUUUGGGGGGGCUGAGGUUUGGCGGACUCCCUGCAGCCCCCCCACCCCUGCUGCACACGGGCACAGACGUCCCAGCGCUCUCCUGGAGGCAGCGGUGGGGGGAAGCUAUGAGCAGGGCGACGGGGGCCUUUGUGUGGUGUGAAAUAAAGGUGUGAAGGGCGA